AUGGCUCCAGAGACGGGGGCUACGGCGCAGGCCCGGCGGGCCCGGGGGCGGGCAGCGCCCGGUUACCUGGGCGGGCUGCCUGGCGGAGGGAGCCGCGCCAGGCCGGGCCGCCUCACACCCGCGGCGGCGGCGGGGGCGAGGACGGGGGCGGGCCCACCGCGCAGCCUCUCCGGGGAGGGGCGCAGGCGGGGUCGCCUGGGGAUUGGUCAGAGGGUCGUGAUUGACAGCGGGGCCGCCCCGCCCUCUCCCCGCAGGCCGCUCUUGCUACGGCUGGGGUCCGGGAGUGGCCUUAGAGGAUACCUUUGCUGGGAGCCCAGUGAGGCGGAGCAGCCCCACGGAACCGUGAGACCCUCGGUCGUGGCCUCCGAGGCGUCUCGCGUGGGCCGCUGCCCUUCCCCGCACCCUUCCUCCGGACGCUCUCGGGCGCUGUGGCUUCUCUGGGUCUUUGUCCUCCUCCUUCCGUGCCGAUCCCUCUUGGCCCCAGAAGCUUCCUUUCGGCUACACUCGGUGCCGGGCCAGCUGCCUGGACGAGCGGACCUUCCCCGUGGCUUCGCCCUCUGCGCAGACACAGGUGUGGUCAUGCCUGAUCCUCAUAAUUACCCUCUGAUCAAGGAUGAUGGUCCUGGGAAUCUGAACCCAAGUCUGAAUUCAAUCUGUUUCAUAAGAGAGCCACUGGCUGAGCUGGACUUAGGCUCCACAGAAGGAAGUUCUCAGAUAAUGGCCUUCUGGCUUCUGCUCUUGAAUAUGGGCUGGAAUCGACAUCUACUGGGUCACUAAGCAGAGGUAAGCUGACUCUUACCUCCAAGACUGAGGCACCUUUCAAGUCCUUCACACUGGCCACCCCCUCCCCCCAUCUUUAUAGCCUCCUCUUAGUCCCAGUCAGGGUCAAAUGAAGAGCCCCAUUGUGCUCUGCCAGGCCUGCCACUAGGGCCUGGAUGCUCUCUGUAGUUACCUCCAGUAGCUCUGCAUCUUCAUCUGCUGUCAGAAGACUUACCUAAGGGGGUACAUGCUACUUUGUGCUCAAAAGCUGCCUGAAAACCCUCUUGUAUUUGAAUACAAUUAAGGAUACUUGUUUGUGCCCUAGCUGUGUCAGGUUCCCAAACUAAAGCUCGCUUCUCAUCAGCCACCAGCUGGAGAAUAUAGAGAGCCUGUGCUGUUGAUCCUUACAUUCUGUGGUCUGGCUUACCUGGUUAUAAUUUCUUGCUCUCAAACAAUGAUUGCUAGCACAACUGUAUUUCCUGAGGUGAGCACUGUCUUUCUCAUUGGCCACUGAAAUCUGGCUUCUAGGGACCCCCAAGAUUCUGUGCUGUGGGCCCAGUACCAGUGAGAUGUGAGACCAUCAAGGAAGAUGGCUCUGCUCUCUGAAUAUACCUGCUCAUGCCAGCAAGCUAGGGUCCAGGGCCCUUCAAUAGGUGACCAGUUCUGACCUUCCAGCUCCCUUUGACCUGGAGGCUUCACCUUGCAUCCUGAAUUAGACACUAACCUAUAAUAGAACACUUUGUAGAGAACAUGGCUAGGUUUUGUUCCCAGAGCACUGGGAAAUGGUUACAGUUAACUCCUUUCAACCAACCAAUCACUUCAGGGAGAAGUCUUCAUUCCAUCUGGGCAAGAGCUUUUGGUUUUUGGUGCUCUGGCUCAGUGCCGACCAGACUUUACCACGUAAGCACACCUAAAGUUACUUUCCACUCUGCCCAGUAAACAUGGAAAGCUCUCCAAAACUCUGCUUCCCAAAUAAACCUGGCCCUGUCUUGCUCAAUGAACAUUGCCCACACUGGGCUUAUGUAGUUCUUAAAAGGUUUACUGCAUCCUGACUUAUUUUCUGGACCUGUCUUUAUGGAUGGAAACUUUUGAUACCUUUCAUUCCCCAUCAGGACAGAUGCACUCCUUUCCUGCCCCAUCUUCUCCUUGGGGAGGGAGGGAUGUACCCUUGCUGAACUGAAUGACCAGACAGACCACGUUCCACAUUAAACCCCAGCCCCAGAGCCUUCACUCUAGGUUGGGAGCUCAUUAAUAAAGAAGCAGAGGCUAAGUUUCCGUUAAGUUGUAGGAGUUUAUUUUAAAUAACCUACAGUUGAUUAAAAGGGAGUUCAUGAUAAAAAUAGAAGAUACUUGAGGAAAGAUGUGGGAAAUGGACUCUGCACACACACUAAACUAACAAUGCCUCUAAAACUAAUGA